CCCAAAUAUGUAUGUGUCAUCCAGCAGUUUGCAAUUCAAAGAAGGUUGUUCAGUGUUGACGAUGACAAUGGCAAAGCGGAAUGUACUUUUCUGAUAUCGCCACGACAUUUCUGAAUUCGAAACGAGGGUCGAACAAUGGGCGAUCACUUAGCCAGAGGGCAGGAUUUCGAGAGCAAAGCCGAGAAGACGCUCAGCGGCUGGGGCAUCUUCGGUUCCAAAUACGAAGAAGCAGCCGAUUUAUUCGAUAAAGCUGCCAAUUCAUAUAAGCUCGCUAAAUCAUGGGAUCAGGCUGGAGCAGUGUAUGUGAAGUUGGCUAACUGUCACUUGAAAUUGGACAGCAAACAUGAAGCUGCUGGUGCAUAUGCUGAUGCUGCUCACUGCUACAAAAAGUGCAACAUCAAAGAGUCCGCAUCAUGCCUAGAGCAAUCUGUAAAUUUAUUUCUGGAUAUUGGAAGGUUUAAUAUGGCUGCCAGAUAUUACAAAGAAAUAGCUGAGUUGUAUGAACAAGAGCAGAAUUUGGAGAAGGCUACCGUUUACUAUGAAAAAGCUGCCGAUCUCUUUCAAAGUGAAGAAGUAACAACAUCUGCAAAUCAAUGUAAACAGAAAGUUGCUCAAUUUGCUGCACAGUUAGAACAGUAUCAGAAGGCCGUUGAGAUAUUUGAAGAGAUAGCUAGGUAUUCUCUUACUAACAACUUGUUGAAGUAUGGAGUCAAAGGGCACCUUCUUAAUGCCGGAAUUUGUCAGCUGUGCAAAGGUGACGUUGUUGCUAUAACAAAUGCAUUAGAGAAAUACCAGGAUCUGGAUCCUACAUUUUCUGGGACACGUGAAUGCAAAUUGCUAGCCGAUUUAGCUUCUGCUGUGGAUGAAGAAGACAUUACAAAGUUCACAAGUGCACUGAAGGAAUUCGAUAGCAUGACCCAGCUGGAUGCUUGGAAGACAACACUUCUAUUGAGAGUAAAGGACCACUUGAAAGCCAAAGAGCUGGAGGAGGAUGAUCUUACCUAAGCCUACUCUUCUUGACCGGUUAUUACAAUGGUUGGUUUGUGUCUCGAGCGUGCGCUCAUCUCUUCUAGUUUGGUUUUUGUGUGUGCAUUAAUUAUGAUUACAUGCUUUAAAUUUCAAGUUUCCCAGUGCUGAUUUGAUCA